AUGGCCUUGUCCAUUUUCACUGAGGAGCCAUCAGGAAGUACUAUAUUAGCCUCAUCGAGCAACCACACCCAGAACUCAACAGGUGACGGUGGCUGUCCAUGGGAGAUCAGCGAUAAGGUCAGACUGUGCCGAUUCCUAUGCUAUGCCUCGGAAAGAGACGUAUACACGGCCCGGGAGGAGGGUCGUGUCAGCAUGGAAAACACUGAAACCCUCUUCUCCCGGCUGGAGCAGGGCCGGGGUGCUGAGGUGGUGGAGGAGAUCAAGAGGUUCGCUCAGGACGGCCGAGCUGUCAGACUCGACCCCUCCUUCUUUGCCUUGGCCCUGUGCUCCCAGUAUUCCGAGCUGAAGACGAGGCAGGCACCGUUUAAAGCUGUGAAGGAAGUCUGUCGGAACUCUGCCCACCUGUUUUCUUUCAUUCAGUAUAAGAAGGAACUGAAAGAGGGCAUGAGGUGUGGGAUUUGGGCACGCGCCCUAAGGAAAGCAGUGUCCGACUGGUAUAACGAGCAGGAUGCCAUGAGUCUGGCUGCGGCUGUGACCAAAUGUAAACAGAGAGAGGGAUGGACGCACCAGGAUCUGCUUCGGCUCUCUCACACCAAACCAGCUAAUGAAGAUGAGUUUACACAGGCCCACGUCAUUUUUGCAAGGACAGAGGUGCUGGCCUACUCUGAAGGAGCUGUGGUUCCAUGCACUGUGUCUGCUGACAUGACUCUGGCACAAGCAACAGUUGAACUGGUGAAGAUUCCAGGUGGAAUCACAGACUGCACUCUUCCUGUCACGUGGGCCAGAGAGAAAGGAAAAUCUGUCAAUGUGUUUGUUAUUCUGACCAACAAACCAUUGUGGACGUUUGCUGCCAGCCCAGUGGAGUCUCUACAAAAGCACAGAGAAAAAUCAGGAACUAAGUCCAAGUUGGUGAUGUGCGUGCUGACUUCUAUUGGACACGCCCUCUCAAACACAGAUGACAGGGGUUUCCUCAGUGUCUGUGGCUUUGACCUUGGAGCUUUGAGCGUCAUUCGUAACCUUGCCCAGGAUCUGAUCUGA